AUGGUUCCAAGUUAUCAGUCAGAUUCAACGUCGGGAAUCGCCAACUCAACAGAGCCGUCGACACCGGCUAGUCAGUCUUCCUCCCGAGAAGUCGAGUCAUUGCGGAUCAAGAUUCAACAGCUCGAAGAUCAGAUGUCGCGUGCGAAGCGAAGAUCAGCUGGAUUGAGCGCCCCCAGCCCAACUUACAACAUCGCGACGACAACGUCGCACAUCGCUGGGACAUUCCACGUGCAGGAGGAAGUUCCGGCAGAUGGCCGCAUUCCAACCACCUCGCGCACGAUUAUGCAUAAGGCUCGAGUGUUUGGUCAAAGUCAUUGGAUGAAUGGAGUCGCUCAGUUCGGAGACAUCCUUCAGACCAUCGAGCCACUUGUCCGGAAUGAAACAAGUAAGGCUUUCUACGACUUGCAAAGAUGCAAAUAUCUGGGAAAGUUGAUCAAAACCCGGAGAAAACCUUCGUGGCCUGCCGCGCCGACCGCCGAGCUCCCACCGAAAGAUGUUGCGGAUGUCCUUGUAGAGGUUUACAUUCGGACAUUUGAGACUGUCUACAGGAUCUUGCAUAUCCCGACUUUCAGACGAGACUACGAUGCGCUAUGGCUAUCGGGUACCCCGCCCGAUAUGUCUUUUCUGGUGCAAUUGAAGCUCAUCUUUGCGAUCGGCGCUACAAUGCACGACGACAAAUUCUCUUUGCGUACCUCGGCCAUAAGGUGGGUGUACGAGGCCCAAACAUGGAUUUCCGAACCAGAGUUCAAGUCAAGGUUAAACAUUCAAUUCCUCCAGACCACAAUUUUGCUUCUUCUUGCACGAGAAAAUGUCGGCGUCGACGGAGGCCUGAUUUGGAUAUCGACAGGAGAGCUAUUUAGAACUGCAGUGUACAUGGGUCUGAAUCGAGACCCGAUAUACCUGCCGAAAAGAACAACAUUUGUGACUGAGAUGCGUCGCAGACUUUGGAACACCAUAAUGGAACUGGUUCUCUCUACAAGUAUGGUAUCGGGUGGGCCUCCUCUGUUCUCACUAGAGGACUUUGACACACACCCACCGGGAAGUUUUGAUGACGAGCAGAUCAUGAGCGAUGAUCCGAUAUCGAAACCCGAACAGGCAUUCACUCAGAUGUCUGUAGCCUUGGCUCUUCGGAAACUUUUCCCACUCCGUCUGGCUAUUGUUAGAUCACUCAACGCGCUCGGUGCACACAUGACGUACGAAGAAACAAUUCACGUCGAUUCAGAGCUGCGCCGCUCUUAUAAAGCCAUCUUUGAAGACUUGAAGUCGUACGGACCUGCCAGUGGGACAUCGCAGUUCGGCAUAAGAACCCUCGACUGGCUCGUCCGCCGUUAUCUCCUCGCGCUACACCUGCCAUUCUUCGCCGGUGUCGUGAACGAAACAGCUUUCGCCUUCUCCAGACGCGUUGUUGUCGAAAACGCACUUAAGAUCUGGUGUGCCAUCCAUCCCUCAUCUCUAAUGGCCAGCAACGCGAACGAAGAGCAGAAUAUAACGCAACAAGACCUGACAAGAUUGGCUCAGUGUGGAUCCGGCCCUUUUCGCACUUCUGCAAUGCAAGCGUGCUUCCUCAUUGCAUCGGAGUUGAAAACUCAGCUCCAGGAGGAAGAUAGUCUUGGACCCGUUCCACUACGGCGUGAUCUUCUUUGUGUCAUCGAGGAUUAUAAGAAUUGGAAUUUGAGAUGUAUUGAAGCUGGAGAGACCAAUACGAAGGGAUAUUUGUUCACUUGCUUGGUUUAUACCCAGAUCAACGCUCUCAUGAUGCGUGCCUCCAAGGAAAAAUUACCGUACAUGCUUCUGCAGACCGCAGAAGAUGCAGAGGCAUUAUGCUUGUCUAUUUUAGAAAAAAAGGCGGGUGAAGGUCAAGAUAGUGGGGUGAAUUUCGAUGAUAUCAAUGAUCUCGAAGUUGAUGGCAUGCCGGACCUGCUUGGGAACUGGGCAUUCAUGACGCCCGACAGCCAAUUUGACUUCGGUAUAUCUGAGCCUAUGACCUGGAUGUACAGUGGCUUUGGAUGA